UUCUAUAUAUACCUGUUAAAAUUGGAAUAAGAUAGCGAGCAAGUGGAAGUGCAAUCAUAAGAAAUAUGACUGGUUCCUCAGCGUUGAUGGCCAUUGGCCAUAUUUUAAUGUGCUACACCCUGUUUUUCUCUUUCCAUGCGAAUAAGGCAUUUGGUUAUGGUGCUACUGUAGUGGAAAGUAACAAGUCCCACGCCCCUCCCUCCUGUUCAGGUACUACAACAGGUUUGCGGGUGGUCCAUAAAUACGGACCCUGCUCCCCAUCUGGCCUAAAGAAAACAUCCGCCGUGGCAAGCCAGAUUCUGGUCCAAGAUAAUCUCAGGGUUCGUGCUAUGAAUUCCAGGUUACACAAUAGGCGUACAAUUGGUUUGGAAGGGGAAGGGACGACAGACACUUAUCUUCAAAACGACUUACCAGGUGCCGGUAAUUUUUUGGUGAGCGUUGGUUUUGGCACACCUCUACAAUCUUUUAAUUUGGCUUUGGACACGGGGAGUUACGUAACCUGGGUACAGUGCGAACCUUGUACGGAGUCUCCCUGUCCACAACAGCAGAACGCGUCGCUGUAUUAUCCUUCUUUUUCCUCAACUUACUCUAACGCCCCAUGUUCGCCAUGGUGUAAUUACACACAAACGUACUUGGACGAAUCCAAGUCCGGCGGAGUUUUUGUCCUUGAUACGGUUUCCAUAGGGCAGGAUUACCAAAUUCCUGAAUUUAUUUUCCUAUGCGCGGUACCGGAUAAGGAAACCGGGGAUUUUGGUGAAGCAGAUGGGAUACUAGGCCUAGGUCUGGCCAGCUCUGGCGAUGAAUUUGCAACCUAUUCCCUUGCAACCCAAACUGCAAAUUUGUUUGGAAGAGUAUUUUGUCAUUGUCUUCCCUCGUCAAGUAACUCAGGAUAUGUUUAUUUUGGUGAGAAAGCUCGUGAACAAUGUCCGUUUUCUGGUACUUACACACGGCUUCUAAGAAACCCGGCUUCUGGUGCCAACUAUUAUUUCGUAAAUCUUAUUGCCAUAACACUAGGCCAGAAAAAAGUGGAAGUGCCUUCGGGUAUAUUAUCAUCCCCAGGAACCAUUAUAGAUUCAGGAACUGUCAUUACUCAUCUUCCUUCCUCAGUCUAUUCGGAGCUGAGCCAGGAAUUCGAUAGAUUGAUGUCGGAGUUCCCUCCUGCUAAUCCUUCUGAUGAUGGAGUACUGAAAGCGUGCUACAACCUGGUGGAUCAGGACAAUCUGGCAAUACCCGAGAUGGUUCUACAUUUUGAAAACUUGGAUGUAAAUUUGGACCAAACAGCAGUUACCUGGAAAGGCAAUGACGAUAUGUCUCAAGUUUGCUUCGCGUUUGCUGCAAAAGAGAAUGAGGGGGACGUCACAAUCAUUGGUAAUCAUCAACAGCAGAAGCUCAACAUGCUCUUUAACAUCCCAGAUCAGAGGUUGGAAAUUGGACCUGGUAAGUGCUAACUUUUCAUGCUGCAGGAAUCUCAGCUGAUGAGAUGACAAUAUAAGACCCAAGUUCCUGCUCCUUCACUUUUCCAUGUCAUUGUGUUUAAUUGUAAACUUCUAUAUCCUGUUCCUUCACGUCGUUUUAAUCAAUCUUAAGAUUACAAUUGCAGAAUUGCAAAUGGAAUCAAUCUUUGUCCUUUUAAUCAGUCUUUAUGUUACAGUCUAGCAGAUAAAUAAACUGUGUGAUAGUAUUUUGAUUUUUAA